GAAGAAAAUAUCUUACAAUCGAAAACUUUGAAAAGAAAAAAUUUUAAAAAAUUAAGUCUUGAAUCUUCCCCAGCACCUCCUUCAAAUGAUUUUAAGGAAACUCCAAAAUCAAUUAGACCCCAAACAGUUAAAAUAAGACCAGCUCCUUUACUCAACCUAAACCAUAAACAACCCAUUAAUCGAAAUAUCGAUCCAGAGAAUAAAUCAUCAACUAAAAAUAUAAUAAAUCAAUUGGAUGAUUUAAACUUGAAUGAAAAAUUAAAAGAAAAAGAAAAUUAUAACAUUAUUAAACAAAAUUCAAAUUCAACUUCGGCAAAUUAUCAAAAACAAUCAGUUCCAGUACCUUUAAUCCACCGUAAAAAACAAACCAUCAUCUCUUCCAUUAGUCCAACAAAAUCAUCAUCAUCCCCAACUUCAAAUGCAUCUCCUCAACAAUUGAAUAGUCCCAUAUCAACAACCCUGUCCAUCAAACUAAACAACGAUGACUUGGUCACCCUUAAAAAUUUGGGUUCUGGUAACUCAGGUACAGUUUCAAAAAUUUUACAUAUCCCUACUCAAAAGACAAUGGCUAAAAAAAUCAUUCAUAUUGAUCUGAAAACAGUUAUACAAACUCAAAUCAUUAGAGAAUUAAGAAUUUUACAUGAGUGCCAUUCUCCUUAUAUCAUUGAAUUCUAUGGUGCUUUUAUAAAUAAUAAUAAUACUAUAGUAAUUUGUAUGGAAUAUUGUAAUUGUGGUUCUUUAGAUAAAAUUUUAGAAUUAUCAAAACCAAAACAUUUCCCUAUUCAUGUCUUGAAAAAAUUAUCUUUUGCUAUAUUAAAUGGUUUAUGUUAUUUAUAUACUAAUCAUAAAAUUAUUCAUCGAGAUAUUAAACCUUCAAAUGUCUUAAUGACCCAUAAGGGGGAUUUUAAAUUAUGUGAUUUUGGGGUAAGCAGAGAAUUAACUAAUUCUUUAGCAAUGGCUGAUACUUUUGUUGGGACUUCUACUUAUAUGUCUCCUGAAAGAAUUCAAGGUUUAAAUUAUGGCAUCAAAUCAGAUAUCUGGUCAAUGGGAUUAAUGCUAAUUGAAUUGGCUACGGGUAAAUCGAUUUGGGCCGAUGACUCAAAUGAUGAUGAUAUUCCAAAAGGUCCAGAAGGUAUUUUGGAUUUAUUACAAAGAAUUGUUAAUGAAACUCCUCCUUCUUUGAAAAACAAAUUGAAUUCAAAUGGGGAAAAAUUCGAUGAUGAUUUAUGUAAUUUCGUCGAUUCUUGUCUAAUUAAAGAUGAUAAUUUAAGAAAAUCUCCUUGGGAUUUACUAAAUGAUAAAAAUGGAUUUUUGAAAAACGUCCAAUCGGGCUAUUUUGAUAAAGAUGUUAAAAUUUGGGCUAAAAAAAUUAGAAAGUUACAUAAAAACAAAUAUGAA